AAUCACUCUGGCACUGCACCCAUUCUCCAGCUUGCUGCUGCCACCUUCCCAAACCCUGGUGCCCCCAUCCAUGAAACCAAAAGUAAGUUCACUCACUUGUAGUCCAGUCUUACCAUGGGCCCAUCCAUUGCACCUGUUUCAGAACUAGGCCCCUGUGUUUUGGGCAGUCAUGUCACAUGACCUGCAUUUUGACCUUUUUUUAUUUAAAGCUUUUUCAUCAAUCCGUCCCCUUUUUUUCUUAUGUCAGAUGGUCCAGCUCCGUCCUCAGACAACUAUAUUUCGUUUUAGGUGGAUUUCUCUUUUCUGGACACAGCUUCAAAUACAGGAUAAUCUAGGUCAUGUGACAUUAUAGUCCAAAACACAGGGCCCAAUUCAUAACUUCUACUAACUCAUUAGUUCUUCCCCAUGUUUAUUCUCUGUCAUUUAUAUAUGUCUACCUAAUCCAUCCACAUUGCUGGAGUUGGCUCCGUCCUCUAAGUGCUCACUUUUCAUGCUCCUUCCAGUAAAUGUAUUUCAUUUAAUCAGUACUAUCAUUGGGCGAUGUUGCAGUGCCGUUCCUCGCAGUGAAAAUGACUUAGUCUGAUCUCAUCACCAGGGCUGGUGGCACCAUUAUCCUAUAAUCUUGUAACGGACAAUUAUGGACAAUGACCGUCAACAAAUUUGUCAUAAUCGUCUCAAUACAUUUAUUUGAGGAGGGAUUUAACUUUAUUUUCAAGUAUAUAUAGUUGACCUAAUAGCAGUUUAAAAUGUUGACAUGAAAAGGGUAAAAUUGGUAAUGAUUUUACGAGCAGAACAGAACGGUCUGGAGGAAAAGCUUCAUUUCCAAAAGUUCCAAGUAGUCAAACAAUUUUUUUUUAAAUAUGGGGGUGUCACCAGAGCUAUGUUGUAUUCGUUAGGCCGUAGCCAAAGAUGCAAUACAAUCUCUAAACAUGUAUCAACAAAAAUGACAAUUAUGAAAUCCGUGGUCGUUUUCAUGACAUUCGUUACCCAAAAUUCCAUAAUCGUCACAGUCCUACCCAUCACACUCGGGUGGUUGACGUUGAACGUAGUUUGGUGGUGUUCUCAGUUUACACACUAGGUGGCAACAGCAAGCUGUAACAUCUCUUGGGUCUCAAGACUGUAGAAAUACUAGAAGGGUUAUGUCUGCUCGCUGUAACGGAUGGUACUGACCUUGUGCUACAGUUACAUUAUAUAAUAAAUAAAUGACCUUAUUUGCCUUUUCUGAUUAUUUCUUAAUAAGUAAACAAAUAUGUAUUUGUGUACAGUAUCUUACUGUUAGAUAGUAUUGUGCUGUUUAAAAAAUCAAAUCAAAUGUUAUUUGUCACAUUCUCAGAAUACAACAGGUGUAGACCUUACCAUGAAAUGCUUACUUACAACUUACAAGCCCUUAACCAACAAUGCAGUUUUCAUUUACUAAAUGAACUAAAGCCCCCCCCAAAAGGUUAGUUGAGGUAAUUUGUACAUAGGUAGGCAGGGGUAAAGUGACUAUUCAUAGAUAAUAGACAGCGAGUAGCAGCAGUGUAAAACCAAAGGAAGGGAGGGGGUCAAUGCAAAUAGUCAGGGUGGCCAUUUGAUUAAUUGUAUAUACAGAGAGGGAAAAAAGUAUUUGAUCCCCUGCUGAUUUUGUACGUUUGCCCACUGACAAAGAAAUUAUCAGUCUAUAAUUUUAAUGGUAGGUUUAUUUGAACAGUGAGAGACAGAAUAACAACAACAAAAUCCAGAAAAAUACAUGUCAAAAAUGUUAUAAAUUGAUUUGCAUUUUAAUGAGGGAAAUAAGUAUUUGACCCCCUCUCAAUCAAAGAUUUCUGGCUCCCAGGUGUCUUUUAUACAGGUAACGAGCUGAGAUUAGGAGCACACUCUUAAAGGGAGUGCUCCUAAUCUCAGCUUGUUACCUGUAUAAAAGACACCUGUCCACAGAAGCAAUCAAUCAAUCAGAUUCCAAACUCUCCACCAUGGCCAAGACCAAAGAGCUCUCCAAGGAUGUCAGGAACAAGAUUGUAGACCUACACAAGGCUGGAAUGGGCUACAAGACCAUCGCAAAGCAGCUUGGUGAGAAGGUGACAACAGUUGGUGCGAUUAUUCACAAAUGGAAGAAACACAAUAACUGUCAAUCUCCCUCGGCCUGGGGCUCCAUGCAAGAUCUCACCUCGUGGAGUUGCAAUGAUCAUGAGAACGGUGAGGAAUCAGCCCAGAACUACACGGGAGGAUCUUGUCAAUGAUCUCAAGGCAGCUGGGACCAUAGUCACCAAGAAAACAAUUGGUAACACACUACGCCGUGAAGGACUGAAAUCCUGCAGCGCCCGCAAGGUCCCCCUGCUCAAGAAAGCACAUAUACAGGGCCGUCUGAAGUUUGCCAAUGAACAUCUGAAUGAUUCAGAGGAGAACUGGGUGAAAGUGUUGUGGUCAGAUGAGACCAAAAUUGAGCUCUUUGGCAUCAACUCAACUCGCCGUGUUUGGAGGAGGAGGAAUGCUGCCUAUGACCCCAAGAACACCAUCCCCACCGUCAAACAUGGAGGUGGAAACAUUAUGCUUUGGGGGUAUUUUUCUGCUAAGGGGACAGGACAACUUCACCGCAUCAAAGGGACAAUGGACGGGACCAUGUACCGUCAUCUUGGGUGAGAACCUCCUUCCCUCAGCCAGGGCAUAUAAAAUGGGUUGUGGAUGGGUAUUCCAGCAUGACAAUGACCCAAAACACACGGCCAAGGCAACAAAGGAGUGGCUCAAGAAGAAGCACAUUAUGGUCCUGGAGUGGCUUAGCCAGUCUCCAGACCUUAAUCCCAUAGAAAAUCUGUGGAGGGAGCUGAAGGUUCGAGUUGCCAAACGUCAGCCUCGAAACCUUAAUGACUUGGAGAAGGUCUGCAAAGAGGAGUGGGACAAAAUCCCUCCUGAGAUGUGUGCAAACCUGGUGGCCUACUACAAGAAACGUCUGACCUCUGUGAUUGCCAACAAGGGUUUUGCCACCAAGUACUAAGUCAUGUUUUGCAGAGGGGUCAAAUACUUAUUUCCCUCAUUAAAAUGCAAAUCAAUUUAUAACAUUUUUGACAUGCGUUUUUCUGGAUUUUUGUUGUUGUUAUUCUGUCUCUCACUGUUCAAAUAAACCUACCAUUAAAAUUAUAGACUGAUCAUGUCUUUGUCAGUGGGCAAACGUACAAAAUCAGCAGGGGAUCAAAUACUUUUUUCCCUCACUGUAGGUCCUGGAUGGCAGGAAGCUUGGCCCCAGUGAUAUACUGGGCCGUACGCACUACCCUCUGUAGCGCCUUACGGUCGGAUGCCAAGCAGUUGCCAUACCAGGCGGUGAUGCAAUCGGUCAGGAUGCUCUCGAUGGCGUAGCUGUAGAACUUUUUGAGGAUCUGGGGACCCAUGCCAAAUCAUUUCAGUCUCCUGAGGGGGAAAAGGCGUUGUCGUGCCCUCUUCACAACUUUCUUAGAUAGUAUUGUACUGUUAAACAGCUGGAGCUUGAAACACAAGCAUUUCACUUCACCUGCUUUAACAUCUGCUAAUCUGUGAAUGCAACAAAUAAACUUUGAUUUGACAAAGGCGCAUACCAAUCCUGACCUCACUGUCGCCUUUAGGCAUCAUGUGGUUCUUGGAAGUUUAUUAAGCAUUUUCCCCUUUUUCCAUAUGCUGUCCCAAACAGCUUUGAAUGAAUGGAUGGAUGUGCACUAGCAUGCGAGGAUCCCUCAGGCUUAGCUUAGUUUAGCUUGUCCUGGACUGGAUUAACUCAACCCAAAGAGUCGGCCUGUCCGUCUGACUGAAGCUGGGAUGUUUUAUGGUGUUUUGUUACUGAUGUUUAAAUGUGCAAUCUGGGAUCUUUACAGGCGUUUUUGUCUUUAACGUGAGGAACCACUUGAGUAAAUGAGGGAUACAAAGUAUAUUGAAAGCAGGCGCUUCCACACAGGUGUGGUUCCUGAGUUAAUUAAGCGGUUAAUAUUUAAUCAUGCUUAGGGUCAUGUAUAAUCAUUUUGGCUACCGUGGCUAGAAGAGAUCUCAGUGACUUUUGAAGGAUCCCAAAAGGAGCACAGGGGGUUUUAAAGGGUGUGUUAGUGACUCACAACCCGCUGUCCCCGCGGUUAUAUCCGUGGGGUGGUUGGGUUAAGGGUCAUGAAAUAUUGGGUGGCGGGCAGAUGGGUUGAAUAAAGAGAAAACAAUACGUUUUAAAAACAAUCCAUAAAUUGUGACGAGGUGUGAAUAAAGGAGUCAGGCGCCGGAGGUAAAACACAGAAGUCCAGAGUUUAUUCCGUUUACAUAAAUCAAACGCCCCAAGCGUCAAAACGUAACUAUUACAAGGGAAAACACCCACCUUGGCAAUAACACAGUGAAGAGUAGCUCAACCGAGCUACACGCUCUCACAACAAACAAUCACUCACAAAGACAAGGGGAACAGAGGGAACACUUAUACACAUACUAAUUAGGGGAAUGAGCACCAGGUGUUUGUGUGUGUGUGAUUGACAAGACAUGACAAGUGGAGUGAUGAGAAUGGGAUCGGCAGUAGCUAGUACUCCGGUGACGACGAACGCCGAAGCCUGCCCGAACCAGGAGGGGGGGGCAGCCUCGGCGGAAGUCGUGACAUAAAUGUAUCAUUCUUGUGCAAUUUAUAUCUACAGGCUACAUUGAGGUUAUUCUUUCAUUAUUUUUAGGCUGUCUGGCGUUUUAGUGCGUAAGCUUUAGGGCCUAACUUUUAACACACCAAUCGCCUACACACCAAUCGCCAAACGCUUUUGGGAAGGGGCAGAAAAAGUGAACGUUGAUCCGCUGAGGGCAAAAAGGAUCAUGUCAAAGGUUAAUUCAAAUAGAGAAAAGCUUGCUAAAUGGAGAUUUGAAAUUUAAUAGAAGGGAAGGCCAGAACAGUAGUCUAAUGUUUGGGAAAGAUUUGGUGAAGUGGUAAAAGAGGAUGAUAGCAGUGCCGGCUAUGUUAUGUGUGAUGAUUGUGAGGCGCUAUACAAAUUCGACAGUCACAAGACGGGGACUUCAAAUAGGCCUAUGGCACGUCAAGGGAACUGUAGCCCACUGUUCAGAUGGGUUAAAUGGAAACUGAGAUCCGGACCCUAACUGUAGGUCUAUAACCUAGCCUUAAUAUUAACUCCUGCAGAAUUACUCCUGCAUUGCUUUCAGUAAAAUUUACACACCAAAUGUACAUUUUGACUCGGGAACAGGAGUGGAGAAAUAUGACUUCUUUCAGCAUCUUGAGAGAAUGUGAACGCGUAGUUGGGGACUUCCGUAGAGGUGGUAUCUUUAUCAGGAUCAUCCAAGCCCAACUGGGAAAAACUAAUUUUCUAUUUUAGCGCGUUAGGCCGGUGCGGGCCUCCCCAGAUUUUCACUUUAUCACAUAGUCUGGUGGUUACGGAUGGGGUUAUUAGCAGUUGCGGGUAAACAAACAGCUGACCCGCGCACCGUGUUUGUGGGUCUAUCACCUGAUCUCAACUCAAUUGAACACUUAGGAAGGUUCCGGAGGGGAACCUGAGACGGCGUUUUUUUUCUCCACCACCAGCAACAAAACACCAAAUGAUGGAAGUCCAAUAGAGUCUAUGACGAGGCGCAUUGAAGCUGUUCCGGCUGCUCGCGGUGGCCCAACACCCUGAUUUAGUCACUCUAUUUAGUCAGUUACCUGUGUAUUCAAAUGUGUCUGCUGUUGGUGCUCAAACUCAAAUCCCAGAUUGUAGCUUUUAAUACUUUCAUGCCAAUCUGAUUGCUCAACUCCUCCUCUGUUUUAAUAUCGGUAUUUUUGGAUUGCGUCUCGUCUCGCCUCACUGCUCCAGUCUUCACCGGCGGUUAACCAGACGCGGCUGAGGUUGAGUCCCAAAUGGCGCCCCUAUCCCCUAUCUAGUGCCUUACUUUUCCUCUGGUCAAAAGUAGUGCACUACAUAGGGAAUAGGGUGCCAUUUUGGGAUGUACCCUGAGUGACUGGGAAUAAGGCGGCCUCACAAAGGAUUCCUUCUUUACCUGUUAGCCAGCAGCAGUCAGAUAACACAUUACAGUACAGCAUAUUGUAGUCUAUCUUCACUAACAUGUUACAAUAUGCAUCAAAACUAUGAAAUAACACACAUAUGGAAUCAUGUAGUAACCAAAAAAGUGUGAAACAAAUCAAAAUGUAUUUGAGAUUCUUCAAAGUAGCCAGCCUUUGCCUUGAUGACAGCUUUGCACACGCUUGGCAUUCUCUCAACCAGUUUCAUGAGGUUGUCACCUGGAAUGCAUUUCAAUUAACAGGUGUGCCUUGUUAAAAGUUAACUUGUGGAAUUUCUUUCCUUCUUAAUGCAUUUGAGCCAAUCAGUUGUGUUGUGACAAGGUAGGGGUGGUAUACAGAAGAUAGCCCUAUUUGGUAAAAGAAAAGUCCAUAUUAUGGCAAGAACAGCUCAAAUAAGUAAAGAGAAACGACAGUCCAUCAAUACUUUAAGACAUGAAGGUCAGUCAAUACGGAAAAUGUCAAGAACUUUGAACGUUUCUUCAAGUGCAGUUACAAAAACCAUCAAACGUUAUAAUGAAACUGACUCAUGAGGACCGCGACAGGAAUGGAAGACCCAGAGUUACCUCUGCUGCAGAGGAUAAGUUCAUUAGAGUUACCAGCCUCAGAAAUUGCAGCCCAAAUAAAUGCUUCACAGAGUUCAAGUAACAGACACAUCUCAACAUCAACUGUUCAGAGGAGACUGCGUGAAUCAGGCCUUCAUGGUCGAAUUGCUGCAAAGAAACCACUACUAAAGGACACCAAUAAUAAGAAGAAGAGACUUGCUUGGGCCAAGAAACACGAGCAAUAGACAUUAGACUGGUGGAAAUCUUUCCUUUUGGUCUGAGUCCAAAUUGGAGAUUUUUGGUUCCAACCGCUGUGUCUUUGUGGACGCAGAGUAGGUGAACGGAUGAUCUCCACUUGUGUGGUUCCCACCGUGAAGCAUGGAGGAGAUGUGAGGGUGCUUUGCUGGUGACACUGUCAGUGAUUUAUUUAGAAUUCAAGGGAGACUUAACCAGCAUGGCUACCACAGCAUUCUGCAGCGAUACGCCAUCCCAUCUGGUUUGGGCUUAGUGGGACUAUCAUUUGUUUUUUCAACAGGACAAUGAAACACCUCCAGGCUGUGGAAGGGCUAUUUUACCAAGAAGGAGAGUGAUGGAGUGCUGCAUCAGAUGACCUGGCCUCCACAAUCAUACGAGCUCAACCCAAUUGAGAUGGUUUGGGAUGAGUCGGACGGCAGAGUGAAGGACAAGCAGCCAACAAGUGCUCAGCAUAUGUGGGAACUCCUUCAAGACUGUUGGAAAAGCAUUCCAGGUGAAGCUGGUUGAGAGAAUGCCAAGAGUGUGCAAAGCUGUCAUCAAGGCAAAGGGUGGCUACUUGAAGAAUAAAAUAUAUUUAACACUUUUUUUUUUGUUACUACAUGAUUCCAUAUGUGUUAUUUCAUAGUUUUGAUGUCUUCACUGUUAUUCUAUAAUGUAGAAAAUAGUAAAAAAUAAAGAACAGCCCUUGAAUGAGUAGGUGUGUCCAAACUUUUGACUGGUACUGUAUGUCUGUAAAGAUGUUAUGAAAUGGACUCUGGAUACAUGCGGUUUAUCUAAUCAGCCUAAUCUCUGGUUGGUUGUCUUGUGUGAUUGUAGUGUAAAAGACUUCAAGAGAAUUUAAAACGAACUUGCCAAUUUGAAGCUGUUGAUUCAAUUUUAGACAUGGAUUUCAAACUCUUUGAGCCUCGGAUAAAAGUCAUAUUUCAGUCAUCAUACUAAGGUUCCAACUCCUUUCAUAUUUUCACGUUUAUUGGAAGGAGACGGUGAAAGAGACAGUAAAGUUAGGAGAGCGUGUAUUAGAAGGGCGGAGAGCGUGUAUUAGAAGGGAGGAGAGCGUGUAUUAGAAGUCUGAUUUCAAACCCUCACUGACUUGUCUGUAUGUCUCCCUCCCUCCCUCUCUCUCUCCCUGCCUCUCUCUCUCUCCUCUCUCUCUCUCUCUCUCUCUCUCUCUCUCUCUCUCUCUCUCUCUCUCUCUCUCUCUCUCUCUCUCUCUCUCUCUCUCUCCCCCUCCCCCCCUCUCACCCAGGCUACCCGUCCCUGCGUAUUGAGAAGAACGACCUGAGAAGUGUUAGUCUGCUGGAGGUCAAAGCCAAGGUCAAAGACAUCGCCAUCUCCAGACUGAGAGUCACUCUACGGGACGUCCUGCAUGAAGGUAACUCUAACUACACACACACAUAUACACACACACACACAUAUACAUACACACACACACAGAGUAUUGCGACUGCAACAGUUCGCAACCCCCAGAAUUUCAGAGCUGACUGGCACUGAAGUCUGAAUAUAACCUGAAUUCUGAUUACUGGAUUGAACUGCAUUAACCAUCGCAACACAAAUAUCCUGAUUGCAUCUCUACAGCAUUAGUGAGACAACUAUAGCCUACAGUCACAGGACACAGACCGUGACUGUGGCGGGACCCAACCUGUCCGAUAGAUCUGCUGUUGACUUCUGGGAAAUGUGUCCUCUGACCUCUGCAAUUAUCUCCAUGUUGUGAAACGAAAGAACACAGAACACACUGUUCGACUCCAUUUCCUACUAAGCCCUUACAAGGUGUUUUGUGACGUCUGUGCGUACGUCCCAAAUGGCACCCUAUUCGCUGGCACGCCUAGGGGCCCUGGUCAAAAGAAGGGCACUUUAUAGGGUUUAGGGACACAGACGCACACAUUGAUUCAUGACUGAUGGAUGAAUGUUAUUGUUUUACGUGGUUGUGAAAUGUAAAGAUGUUACAGAACACACGGUCCAAUGACCAGAUCCCACUUCCAACUAAGAUGAUCUACCCCCAGAAAAAAAAAAAAAAUAAUAAUAAUAAUAAUAAUUACAUUUGCCCAAUACAUAGAUCAAUGAAAUUCGACCAGAACAAAGGAAACGCCAUGGAAACGCCAUGCACGGAAAAUUAGCCAACUGUGUAUUUCACAUAAUGGGUAAAAAUGGGAGUAUAUGCAUGUCAACCCCAAUACAUGUUCAUGCCAUCGUCACCAACUGCAUUACACUUCAAAACGGCUUCAACUACCACCACCGAUUUCUAUAUGGCUAGUUAUGCUACCUGCUUAUGCGAAUGGGGUGUUAGCACUUAGCAGCCAUGUUUUAUAAAGGUGAAAAGGGAUAACUUCUAAAUAUAAUGCAGCGAAAACAGCCAAAUAUAUCCAAAUGGGAUUUUAGUAACCACGUUGUGGGCCGGCCGGUUAGAACACAUACAUCAUGACUGAUUUUUACAAAUAUCCACAUUGUUAGACCAUAUGUUUUGAUUGGCCACCAAUGAGGGCUUCCUUUACACUUUGCUCACGGUCUGCAUUCCAUUGACCUCUAUACGACAUGUAUUGCUUCAUUCAGGUAGUAGUAUGCGAUGUGUGGAUAUUUGGAAUUAGAGGUCUUCAACGUGUCCAAAAAGUUGGACCCCGUUCCGAAAUGGUUCCGUGGCUUUCCCACCCCACCAGCUAUGCGUACAUAGCUCGUAACCGACUUCAGUGGCCAAAUGCUCACCUUCGAUGGCCACUGGCAUGCUGGAGAAGUGUGCUCUUCACGGAUGCGUGUAUGGCGUCGUGUGGGUUAGCGGUUUGCUGAUGUCAACGUUGUGAACAGAGUAUCCCAUGGUUACUGUGGGGUUAUGGUAUGGGCAGGCAUAAGCUACGGACAACAAACACAAUUGCAUUUUAUCGAUGGCCAUUUGAAUGCAGAGAUACCGUGACGAGAUCCUGAGGCCCAUUGACGUGCCAUUCAUCCGCCGCCAUCACCUCAUGUUUUAGCAUGAUAAUGCCCGCCCCCAUGUCACAAGGAUCUGUACACAAUUCCUGGAAGUUGAAAAUGUCCCAGUUCUUCCAUGGCCUGCAUACUCACCAGACAUGUCACCCAUAGAGCAUGUUUGGGAUGCUCUGGAUCGACGUGUACGACAACGCGUUCCAGUUCCCGCCAAUAUCCAGCAACUUCUGUCUAGUUCCUCGUUUAGAUCUCUUGGAGACAGAGUGCUGAGGAAAUGUAUCCAAAAGGACUCGUCUCAGGAGGAAAUUGACAAUAUCGCCCUGGCCUUGCUCCAGCGUAGCUCUGGUCUGGCCCUGGCUUUGCUCCAGCGUAGCUCUGGUCUGGCCCUGGCAUUGCUCCAGCGUAGCUCUGGUCUGGCCCCAAGCUGAGGAGUCUGCUGAGAAGAUGAUGACACAACGGCCUGCAGAAAUCACACUACUCCUCAGCAAAAACCUGAUCUGAUCCUCCCUGGCCUCCCAUAGCCCAAGGCUGUGUGUUCUGUGUUAUAACAGUGCUUAUUUCUUGUAUGUUGGAGAACAUCACCCACUUCUUUGCCAUAUUCCUGUGAAUAUGGUUUACUGAGUUUAUUUGGUGGCUUUUUUUUAUCACACAGCCACAGACCACAUUCAAAACCCUCAGGCACACUGCAUAAACGGUGUUGUUAUCAUUGAUGAACAGUGCCCCUGACUGUGCUCGCUGUGCACCAGUCACACAGAUGGUGCACGUGUAGAUCUAAUGAUCUGUGCUGGCGUCUUUAGUUUAGGAUUGUUGUUUGCUGACCACUCGUGAUAUCCAAUUCCCUCUCCGGAGACCUCACCUUUAUCAAUGUGCCUGCCUUGUGCAACGAGGACUGGAGAAAGUUGUUUUUGCCAAAGUGAUGUUGGAACUAUUCCAUUCAGAUUUACAGCAGAAAAUUACCUCAGUCGGUGCUCUCCAGAGCACCGGCCCUAUAGGAAGAGGUCAGGAUGUUUGUGAGGGAGGGAGGGAGGGAAAAGGAGCCCUUGGAGGGGGCUCUCCACUCUGUAUGGGUUUCUUCUGUUCCAGCGAGCCUGCAGGUCCAGACUCGCCCGACAGAGCCGGGGAGAGAAUGAAGAGACAAUUAAACACUAACCCUGUUGUUAUCCGUCAUCAGUACUCCUGUUGAGACACAGGGCCAAGUUACACAGGGCCAAGUUGGCCUCCAGGCCUGUAUUAUUCAGUUUACCUUGAUGAUUGACGCUGUUUUAAUGUAUUUUUUACCUGCUUCUCUCCUCUGUUUCUCUGUCCCUGAAGCUAUCAAUGCUUAUAUAGCGCCCUUCUCUCUUUACCGUGUGUUGAAGCUGUUUUGUCAGAAUAGCUCUGUCAUUGUCCCGUGAUUUUGUUUUUAGGUUGGCUGUCAUCAGCAUAGCAAUGGUAGGCGAGACUGUGAGGAUAUGACCACAGUUAGUGACGAGAGGACCUAGAACCGAGCCCUGGGGGACACCAGGAGAGGACCUAGUACCAAGCCCUGAUGGACACCAGGAGAGGACCUAGUACCGAUCCCUGGGGGACACCAGUAGUGAGACAUUAAAGAAUACCUAGAAACAAGCCUUGGGGGACACCAGUAGUGAGACAUUAAAGAAUACCUAGUACCGAGCCCUGGGGGACACCAGUAGUGAGACAUUAAAGAAUACCUAGAAACAAGCCUUGGGGGACACCAGUAGUGAGACAUUAAAGAAUACCUAGAAACAAGCCUUGGGGGACACCAGUAGUGAGACAUUAAAGAAUACCUAGAAACAAGCCCUGGGGGAUACCAGUAGUGAGACAUUAAAGAAUACCUAGAAACAAGCCCUGGGGGAUACCAGUAGUGAGACAUUAAAGAAUACCUAGAAACAAGCCUUGGGGGACACCAGUAGUGAGACAUUAAAGAAUACCUAGAAACAAGCCUUGGGGGACACCAGUAGUGAGACAUUAAAGAAUACCUAGAAACAAGCCUUGGGGGACACCAGUAGUGAGACAUUAAAGAAUACCUAGAAACAAGCCCUGGGGGAUACCAGUAGUGAGACAUUAAAGAAUACCUAGAAACAAGCCUUGGGGGACACCAGUAGUGAGACAUUAAAGAAUACCUAGAAACAAGCCUUGGGGGACACCAGUAGUGAGACAUUAAAGAAUACCUAGAAACAAGCCCUGGGGGACACCAGUAGUGAGAACAGGAGAGGACCUAGUACCGAUCCCUGGGGGACACCAGUAGUGAGAACAGGAGAGGACCUAGUACCGAGCCCUGGGGGACACCAGUAGUGAGAACAGGAGAGGACCUAGUACCGAUCCCUGAUGGACACCAGUAGUGAGAACAGGAGAGGACCUAGUACCGAUCCCUGGGGGACACCAGUAGUGAGAACAGGAGAGGACCUAGUACCGAUCCCUGAGGGACACCAGUAGUGAGAACAGGAGAGGACCUAGUACCGAUCCCUGAGGGACACCAGUAGUGAGAACAGGAGAGGACCUAGUACCGAUCCCUGGGGGACACCAGUAGUGAGAACAGGAGAGGACCUAGUACCGAUCCCUGGGGGACACCAGUAGUGAGAACAGGAGAGGACCUAGUACCGAGCCCUGGGGGACACCAGUAGUGAGAACAGGAGAGGACCUAGUACCGAUCCCUGAGGGACACCAGUAGUGAGAACAGGAGAGGACCUAGUACAGAACCCUGGGGGACACCAGUAGUGAGAACAGGAGAGGACCUAGUACCGAUCCCUGAGGGACACCAGUAGUGAGAACAGGAGAGGACCUAGUACAGAACCCUGGGGGAUACCAGUAGUGAGAACAGGAGAGGACCUAGUACCGAGCCCUGGGGGACACCAGGAGAGGACCUAGUACCGAGCCCUGAGGGAUAUGAGUUUUACAGAGCCCUGAAAUGCUGUUCAUUGGGGUUCUAUGUCAUUUUUAUGUUUUCCAAUGAGUGAUGAAGGAAUUAACAAAAGCCCACCCUCUGUCAGCCAGUGUGUGUGAGGUGACGUUUCACUGUCAGUCUGUCAAUGAGACGCGCCUGCCUCUGCCCUUGUACUUUCCUUUUAAUAAAAUCUGUGCUCUUCUUUCACAGGAACGUUUGGCCGCAUCUUCCACGGUGUUCUAUUGGACGAGAAGGACCCGACCAAGGAGAAGCAGUGCUUUGUGAAGACUGUGAAAGGUACGCAGUCGUCCAUUCCCUCAUCACUGCCUGCAACCCAUUCAGUCCCAUGUCACUGCUUCAGCUAUUGCGCUCUAGUGUAACAAACAAUGUUUUCCAUCCGUAAAUUGAAACAUUAUGCUGUAAAGGUUGUUUUAACGUUUUCCCCGUCUCCCUUUCAUGGGUAACUUAACGUGUGUUUAAAAAAAUAAAGGGCUUGGCAAACAGUGUUAUGGCAGGUGCCAGGAUGGCAUGUCCCUGAGUAAACUGAGUACCACCUGAUCUGUUUCCAGGAAGUUGCUAUGUCUGUUUCAUCUCUAUGCUCCUGCUGCAGACAGAGAAAGCCCUCGGUUCACAAAUGCCACUGUUAAAGGGCUGACCGAAAGUUAAAGCCGGUGUCAAUUGUACCAUGGUCAGAAAAUGAAUGGUACACAACACAAGAAUAGAGUUCAUCUGUCUUUGGAUGCUAAACCUUUCAAGAACCUUUUCAACAGUGUUAUUGACAUAUUAAAGCGUCACAAGACCCUAUCAUUGUUAAUGUGUAUACUGUGUAUUGCUGCUAUCUGCGUGGCUGUGAUGAAUUUCCCACCAGUUUGAAUAAACAGAUAUCCAUUUAUCUUAUUAGGUUUCCUGUGCAUAUGAAAACAAUUGUUAGCAGGGCUGUUAGCCUACGGAUUAGACCAUAAUGUUAACCUAAGGUUAUGGGUUUGGGUUAAAUGGACUUAGGCAACCUCUGACCACUUGACUUCGAUCUCGUCAGGUGGAAGGGUACCCGUAGGUUACCACCCCCACAGCAUAUGGCUCUCCUUCCCGCAGGCGUUCUCAGGUUCAUGUCUCCCUUUCCAGCUGACCUUUGCCCUCUAGCUCCUCUAGACACUUCCAUGUUUAUCCAGGGUGGGGUGGGUACCAAACCAUGAACAAUGUGCCCACAACCAUGCCAACCAUACCAGGGUCCUGCUUUGUUCAUCGUUCCACUUCCUCCUCCUCUUCCUCCCAGCAGGCCCCGAGGGCAGGAAACAUGCCUGCUUCCCAGAAGGCCUCUCUCUCACUCCCAGAUUAAACACGGGCCCUCUGCAGACCUGGGUUCAAAUAGUUUAUGAAAUCACUUCAAGAACUUUAUCUGGGUUUUGAUUGAGUUUGGCAAAAAAAGAAUCAAUAGAAUAGUCGCACGAGUGCAAACCCCGCUGACACUCCAGGAAGACUAGAGCAAACGCCCAAUAAUUUGAAUGAUUUUAAAUAGUAAUAGAACCCAGUUCUGGGCCUCUGUGUGGCUUGGCUUGGCAAGAGUCAAUCUAGCGUCUGUUUCUCCAAACCAGAGAAGAUAUAACUCUCACAGGAAGCCCUGACUGGUGGGGCUGUUCUCAGAGAAUAGAAUGGUGUGAGGUCAAGAGGGUUGUUAGACUGUUAGAUGACCUUUUUUAGACUAUUUCCCCCCCCCCCCCCCAGUUAGUCAUGAGGAAUGUUCAUGGCUCAGCUUGUUCAAGAAGGGUUAGCAUACAGCCAAGCAGUCGUAGCAUACAGCCAAGCAGUCGUAGCAUACAGCCAAGCAGUCGUCUACUGACUGGUGUUUUGGGGUUGUGUUCCAAAACUUAAGUUGGGUGUUCAUCAAGACUGCACUAAUAUAUCCCCUGAUUUUCUAGACUAAACCUGAGUCUCUUGUCUUGUCUUCUCUCCUUCCUUCUUGAUUUCUCUCUUUUGCUCUUUCGCCUCUUCUCUCAUUCUGUAGACCAGGCCUCUGAGGUGCAGGUGACCAUGAUGCUGACAGAAAGCUGUAAACUACGAGGACUUCAUCACAGGUAAAUCAGUCAAUCAAAUCACCAGAGGUACGUCACAACCAGCUGAACCGAGAUCAGACAGAUCUGUUUUUUAAUUCUGCGGGUUAGUCAGUAAGUCAAAGGGCUAGCCUCUGGCGUCCUUGUUUAUUUCCACAUGGCAUCGACAUGACGAGACACAUAUAUAUACACAACUCAGACUGACUGAGCUGUCUGCUCAGCAAUAACUCAUCAUCCCACACAUUCAUUCUAAUUCUAUGGUCGUAACAACAGAAUGUCCCUGAACUGGAAACCUGUUGAAAGAGUCACCUUGCACAACUAGAUGCCAACUAGAUUUCCGUACACUAAAGAUUACAUGUUAUAAAACGGGUGGUUUGGAUCCUGGAUGUCAAUUGGCACAAUUGAGUUUAUUUAUAAUUGUAAGUAGUCCAACCUGAUCCCCCAGAGAACAGCACUUAAAAGCAUUUAUUAAAACACUUGUUUCCAAAGUGGUCCUCAAACAGCAUUCCAGCCGUGACGAUAUUUACAUUUUAGUAAUUUAGCAGACGCUCUUAUCCAGAGCGACUUAGUUAGUGAGUGCAUAAAUUUUUCACCACAUUUUUAUUUAUUUGCUACACGUAUAUACCACGAUAUAUUACCCCAAACUCACACUGUCAUAAUAACACGAGCUCCCUUGAACUAGGCACUACCUUGGAAACUUGUUGAAAGGGUCCCAGCACCACCCUGUUUAGCUUCCCACAUUAAAAGAUUACACACUGUUGUCUUAGGUUGUUCCUCAUUCUGCGUGAACCCUUGAACUGUCCGCUAUGCUAGGGCCAUGUGUUGUGCGCAAUCAUGUGACACAGCAAUAUUUGAUCCUGUGUUUUGAAGCUGUAUCCAGAAAAGAGAAUUCCACCUAAAAAAUGAAAGCAGUUGUCUAAGGACGGAGCUGGACCAUCUGACAUGAGAAGAAAAAGGGGACGGUCUGAUGAAAAAGCUUUUAAAUAAAGGUUAAAAUCCAGGCGUGUGACAUGACUGGCCAAAACACAGGACCCUAGUUAUGACUGGAACGUCAGCCUGUUGCAUUGUUGGUCCUGAUUCAAGGCUGCUGCAGUCUGACACUUCCCCAAAACACCUCUGAGCAUUGGACUGCUUGUCCUGCCGUACGUGUGUUGUGUGUGCAAGAUAUUGGGUCUGUGCGUGUGUGUGUGCACUGGGUGAUUAUGUGGAAGCCGUGUAAGUUCGUCACGGCUGGGCCCACACCUUCCUCUUCCCCUUCCUGAGGUCAGGCUGUCACAGUGAGAGACGACUCUCCUUUCAUCUGCUCUCCGAGACGCAUCCUCCUCCGUCUGUCUGGCAGCCACUAAUGUCCCGUCAGCCAACACCGAAACCAAUUUUCCCAGAACUCCCUCCUGUGUGACACAUUGUCACGCAAUGGGCUUGACUGGUUUUAACAUCUCACCAAUCUUCAACAAAAUAUAUGCCCAUUCAGUGGAGUUGGUUUCACCCCUGCUGAGACACAGGAUUAGUAAUAUUUUCCAUUGGUCUAAGUAGAGAUGUAAUACUCAUUAAUACUCCACGCGUUAUUCGUUUUUGUGUCUGUGUGUGUUGGGGAAGGCAGAAGACACAUCUAACCCAAAGGACAAUAAAGUAUCUAUAUUGCUAGAUAUAUUACUGGCAUCUCUUGCGAAAUAUAUUUUUAUCCCAGUGAGACACACCUGGAUAAAUAAAGUUGAGCUCUUUCUCAAAGCUCCUGAUCGGGAUCACGUUCUGUGCGGGUUAUUUUACACUCCAUAGCUACUGCUCCCACUCCACCUCCCAUGUGUUAUUAUACACUCCAUAGAUACUGCUCCCACUCCACCUCCCAUGUGUUAUUAUACACUCCAUAGAUACUGCUCCCACUCCACCUCCCAUGUGUUAUUAUACACUCCAUAGAUACUGCUCCCACUCCACCUCCCAUGUGUUAUUUUACACUCCAUAGAUACUGCUCCCACUCCACCUCCCAUGUGUUAUUAUACACUCCAUAGAUACUGCUCCCACUCCACCUCCCAUGUGUUAUUAUACACUCCAUAGAUACUGCUCCCACUCCACCUCCCAUGUGUUAUUAUACACUCCAUAGAUACUGCUCCCACUCCACCUCCCAUGUGUUAUUAUACACUCCAUAGAUACUGCUCCCACUCCACCUCCCAUGUGUUAUUAUACACUCCAUAGAUACUGCUCCCACUCCACCUCCCAUGUGUUAUUUUACACUACAUAGAUACUGCUCCCACGUGUUAUUAUACACUCCAUAGAUACUGCUCCCACUCCACCUCCCAUGUGUUAUUUUACACUCAUUUACAUUUACAUUUUAGUCAUUUAGCAGACGCUCUUAUCCAGAGCGACUUACAGGAGCAAUUAGGGUUAAGUGCCUUGCUUAAGGGCACAUCGACAGAUUUUUCACAUAGUCGGCUCGGGGAUUAGAACCAGCGACCUUUCGGUUACUGGCACAACGCUCUUACCCACUAAGCUACCUGCCGCCCAGAAAUUUACACUCCAUAGCUACUGCUCCCACUCCACCUCCCAUGUGUUAUUUUACACUCCAUAGAUACUGCUCCCACUCCACCUCCCAUGUGUUAUUAUACACUCCAUAGAUACUGCUCCCACUCCACCUCCCAUGUGUUAUUAUACACUCCAUAGAUACUGCUCCCACUCCACCUCCCAUGUGUUAUUAUACACUCCAUAGAUACUGCUCCCACUCCACCUCCCAUGUGUUAUUAUACACUAUAUAGCUACUGUUCCCACUCCACCUCCCAUAUGUUAUUAUACACUCCAUAGAUACUGCUCCCACUCCACCUCCCAUGUGUUAUUAUACACUCCAUAGAUACUGCUCCCACGCCACCUCCCAUGUGUUAUUAUACACUCCAUAGCUACUGCUCCCACUCCACCUCCCAUGUGUUAUUAUACACUCCAUAGAUACUGCUCCCACUCCACCUCCCAUGUGUUAUUAUACACUCCAUAGAUACUGCUCCCACUCCACCUCCCAUGUGUUAUUUUACACUCCAUAGAUACUGCUCCCACUCCACCUCCCAUGUGUUAUUAUACACUCCAUAGAUACUGCUCCCACUCCACCUCCCAUGUGUUAUUAUACACUCCAUAGAUACUGCUCCCACUCCACCUCCCAUGUGUUAUUAUACACUCCAUAGAUACUGCUCCCACUCCACCUCCCAUGUGUUAUUUUACACUACAUAGAUACUGCUCCCACGUGUUAUUAUACACUCCAUAGAUACUGCUCCCACUCCACCUCCCAUGUGUUAUUUUACACUCCAUAGCUACUGCUCCCACUCCACCUCCCAUGUGUUAUUAUACACUAUAUAGAUACUGUUCCCACUCCACCUCCCAUAUGUUAUUAUACACUCCAUAGAUACUGCUCCCACUCCACCUCCCAUGUGUUAUUAUACACUCCAUAGAUACUGCUCCCACUCCACCUCCCAUGUGUUAUUUUACACUCCAUAGCUACUGCUCCCACUCCACCUCCCAUGUGUUAUUAUACACUCCAUAGAUACUGCUCCCACUCCACCUCCCAUGUGUUAUUAUACGCUCCAUUGAUACUGCUCCCACUCCACCUCCCAUGUGUUAUUAUACACUCCAUAGAUACUGCUCCCACUCCACCUCCCAUGUGUUAUUAUACACUCCAUAGAUACUGCUCCCACUCCACCUCCCAUGUGUUAUUAUACACUCCAUAGAUACUGCUCCCACUCCACCUCCCAUGUGUUAUUAUACACUCCAUAGAUACUGCUCCCACUCCACCUCCCAUGUGUUAUUAUACACUCCAUAGAUACUGCUCCCACUCCACCUCCCAUGUGUUAUUAUACACUCCAUAGAUACUGCUCCCACUCCACCUCCCAUGUGUUAUUUUACACUACAUAGAUACUGCUCCCACGUGUUAUUAUACACUCCAUAGAUACUGCUCCCACUCCACCUCCCAUGUGUUAUUAUACACUCCAUAGAUACUGCUCCCACUCCACCUCCCAUGUGUUAUUAUACACUCCAUAGAUACUGCUCCCACUCCACCUCCCAUGUGUUAUUAUACACUCCAUAGAUACUGCUCCCACUCCACCUCCCAUGUGUUAUUAUACACUCCAUAGAUACUGCUCCCACUCCACCUCCCAUGUGUUAUUAUACACUCCAUAGAUACUGCUCCCACUCCACCUCCCAUGUGUUAUUAUACACUCCAUAGAUACUGCUCCCACUCCACCUCCCAUGUGUUAUUAUACACUCCAUAGAUACUGCUCCCACUCCACCUCCCAUGUGUUAUUAUACACUCCAUAGAUACUGCUCCCACUCCACCUCCCAUGUGUUUAUUAUACACUCCAUAGAUACUGCUCCCACUCCACCUCCCAUGUGUUACUAUACACUCCAUAGAUACUGCUCCCACUCCACCUCCCAUGUGUUAUUAUACACUCCAUAGAUACUGCUCCCACUCCACCUCCCAUGUGUUAUUUUACACUCCAUAGAUACUGCUCCCACUCCACCUCCCCGGCGAUAUCGCACUUCCGCAUCUGCGGUGAAAGGUGACAGAGCUAUAGCGGGUGUUUGUCGGACCAUGAGACAUCCCGAAAAUCGGUCUUCUCACAGAAAACCUACAAACUAUUAUGACAACUCUGUGGAAAGAUGAGACUCUCAUGAACACGAUGACCCUCACAAGCGUCUUGGUGCAGCCGACCUGCCAACUUCUGUCUGUAGCGUCCGAACCGUUUGGGCUACACACUAAUAUGACCGCUCUGUGGAAACGUGAGCCUACCACGAACACGUAGAUGUGGGUUGUUUUGCUGUAUGACUCCCACAGGCCUCACAAGACUCAUCUCAUCUUGAGAAAAUUAAUGGAAGGACAGUAUACAGUUGAAGUCUGAAGUUUACAUACACCUUAGCCAAAUACAUUUAAACUCAGUUUUUCACAAUUCCUGACAUUUUAUCCUAGUAAAAAUUCCCUGUCUUAGGUCAGUUAGGAUCACCACUUUAUUUUAAGAAUGUGAAAUGUCAGAAUAAUAGUAGAGAGAAUUAUGAUUUAUGAUUAAUGAUUUAUUUCAGCUUUUAUUUCUUUCAUCACAUUCCCAGUGGAUCAGAAGUUUACAUACACUCAAUUAGUAUUUGGUAGCAUUGCCUUUACAUUUUUUAACUUGGGUCAAACGUUUCGGGUAGUCUUCCACAAGCUUCCCACAAUAAAUUGGGUGAAUUUUGUCCCAUUCCUCCUGACAGAGCUGGUGUAACUGAGUCAGGUUUGUAGGCCUCCUUGCUCGCACACGCUUUUUCAGUUCUGCCCACAAAUUUUCUAUAGGAUUGAGGUCAGGGCUUUGUGAUGGCCACUCCAAUACCUUGACUUUGUUAUCCAUAAGCCAUUUUGCCACAACUUUGGAAGUAUGCUCGGGGUCAUUGUCCAUUUGGAAGACCCAUUUGCGACCAAGCUUUAACUUCCUGACUGAUGUCUUGAGAUGUUGCUUCAAUAUAUCCACAUAAUUUUCCUUCCUCAUGAUGCAAAAACGAGUUUUAAUGACUCCAACCUAAGUGUAUGUAAACUUCCGACUUCAACUGUACAUAUACAUACAGUGAGGGGGAAAAAGUAUUUGAUCCCCUGCUGAUUUUGUAUGUUUGCCCACUGACAAAGACAUGAUCAGUCUAUAAUUUUAAUGGUAGGUUUAUUUGAACAGUGAGAGGCAGAAUAACAACAAAAAAAUCCAGAAAAGCGUAUGUCAAAAAUUUUAUAAAUUGAUUUGCAUUUUAAUGAGGGAAAUAAGUAUUUGACCCCUCUGCAAAAAUGACUUAGUACUUGGUGGCGAAACCCUUGUUGGCAAUCAGAGGUCAGACCUUUCUUGCAGUUGGCCACCAGGUUUGCACACAUCUCAGGAGGGAUUUUGUCCCACUCCUCUUUGCAGAUCUUCUCCAAGUCAUUAAGGUUUCGAGCCUGACGUUUGGCAACUCGAACCUUCAGCUCCCUCCACAGAUUUUCUAUGGGAUUAAGGUCUGGAGACUGGCUAGGCCAUUCCAGUACCUUAAUGUGCUUCUUCUUGAGCCACUCCUUUGUUGCCUUGGCCGUGUGUUUUGGGUCAUUGUCAUGCUGGAAUACCCAUCCACGACCCAUUUUCAAUGCCCUGGCUGAGGGAAGGAGGUUCUCACCCAAGAUUUGACGGUACAUGGCCCCGUCCAUCGUCCCUUUGAUGCGGUGAAGUUGUCCUGUCCCCUUAGCAGAAAAACACCCCCAAAGCAUAUUGUUUCCACCUCCAUGUUUGACGGUGGGGAUGGUGUUCUUGGGGUCAUAGGCAGCAUUCCUCUUCCUCCAAACACGGCAAGUUGAGUUGAUGCCAAAGAGCUAGAUUUUGGUCUCAUCUAACCACAACACUUUCACCCAGUUCUCCUCUGAAUCGUUCAGAUGUUCAUUGGCAAACUUCAGACGGGCCUGUAUAUGUGCUUUCUUGAGCAGGGGGACCUUGCGGGCGCUGCAGGAUUUCAGUCCUUCACGGCGUAGUGUGUUACCAAUUGUUUUCUUGGUGACUAUGGUCCCAGCUGCUUUGAGAUCAUUGACAAGAUCCUCACGUAUAGUUCUGGGCUGAUUCCUCACCGUUCUCAUGAUCAUUGCAACUCCACGAGGUGAGACCUUGCAUGGAGCCCCAGGCCGAGGGAGAUUGACAGUUAUUUGUGUUUCUUUCAUUUGCGAAUAAUCACACCAACUGUUUUCACCUUCUCACCAAGCUGCUUGGCGAUGGUCUUGUAGCCCAUUCCAGCCUUGUGUAGGUCAACAAUCUUGUCCCUGACAUCCUUGGAGAGCUCUUUGGUCUUGGCCAUGGUGGAGAGUUUGGAAUCUGAUUGAUUGAUUGCUUCUGUGGACAGGUGUCUUUUAUACAGGUAACAAACUGAGAUUAGGAGCACACCUGAGAUUAGGAGCACUCCAUUUAAGAGUGUGCUCCUAAUCUCAGCUUGUUACCUGUAUAAAAGAAACCUGACCAAUCUUUCUGAUUGAGAGGGUGUCAAAUACUUUUUUCCCUCAUUAAAAUGCAAAUCAAGUUAUAACAUAUUUAACAUGCGUUUUUCUGGAUUUUUUUGUUGUUAUUCUGUCUCACACUGUUCAAAUAAACCUACCAUUAAAAUUAUAGACUGAUCAUUUCUUUGUCAGUGGGCAAACGUACAGUGGGGGAAAAAAGUAUUUAGUCAGCCACCAAUUGUGCAAGUUCUCCCACUUAAAAAGAUGAGAGAGGCCUGUAAUUUUCAUCAUAGGUACACGUCAACUAUGACAGACAAAUUGAGAAAAAAAUAUCCAGGAAAUCACAUUGUAGGAUUUUUUAUGAAUUUAUUUGCAAAUUUAAGUAUUUGGUCACCUACAAACAAGCAAGAUGUCUGGCUCUCACAGACCUGUAACUUCUUCUUUAAGAGGCUCCUCUGUCCUCCACUCGUUACCUGUAUUAAUGGCACCUGUUUGAACUUGUUAUCAGAUUAAAAGACACCUGUCCACAACCUCAAACAGUCACACUCCAAACUCCACUAUGGCCAAGACCAAAGAGCUGUCAAAGGACACCAGAAACAAAAUUGUAGACCUGCACCAGGCUGGGAAGACUGAAUCUGCAAUAGGUAAGCAGCUUGGUUUGAAGAAAUCAACUGUGGGAGCAAUUAUUAGGAAAUGGAAGACAUACAAGACCACUGAUAAUCUCCCUCGAUCUGGGGCUCCACGCAAGAUCUCACCCCGUUGGGUCAAAAUGAUCACAAGAACAGUGAGCAAAAAUCCCAGAACCACACGGGGGGACCUAGUGAAUGACCUGCAGAGAGCUGGGACCAAAGUAACAAAGCCUACCAUCAGUAACACACUACGCCGCCAGGGACUCAAAUCCUGCAGUGCCAGACGUGUCCCCCUGCUUAAGCCAGUACAUGUCCAGGCCCGUCUGAAGUUUGCUAGAGUGCAUUUGGAUGAUCCAGAAGAGGAUUGGGAGAAUGUCAUAUGGUCAGAUGAAACCAAAAUAGAACUUUUUGGUAAAAACUCAACUCGUCCUGUUUGGAGGACAAAGAAUGCUGAGUUGCAUCCAAAGAACACCAUACCUACUGUGAAGCAUGGAGGUGGAAACAUCAUGCUUUGGGGCUGUUUUUCUGCAAAGGGACCAGGACGACUGAUCCGUGUAAAGGAAAGAAUGAAUGGGGCCAUGUAUCGUGAGAUUUUGAGUGAAAACCUCCUUCCAUCAGCAAGGGCAUUGAAGAUGAAACGUGGCUGGGUCUUACAGCAUGACAAUGAUCCCAAACACACCGCCCGGGCAACGAAGGAGUGGCUUCGUAAGAAGCAUUUCAAGGUCCUGGAGUGGCCUAGCCAGUCUCCAGAUCUCAACCCCAUAGAAAAUCUUUGGAGGGAGUUGAAAGUCUGUGUUGCCCAGCGACAGCCCCAAAACAUCACUGCUCUAGAGGAGAUCUGCAUGGAGGAAUGGGCCAAAAUACCAAUAACGACUUACAGAAAAUAUUUGACCUGUGUCAUUGCCAACAUAGGGUAUAUAACAAAGUGUUGAGAAACUUUUGUUAUUGACCAAAUACUUAUUUUCCACCAUAAUUUGCAAAUAAAUUCAUGAAAAAUCCUACAAUGUGAUUUUCUGGAUUUUUUUUCUCAUUUUGUCUGUCAUAGUUGACGUGUACCUAUGAUGAAAAUUACAGGCCUCUCAUCUUUCUAAGUGGGAUAACUUGCACAAUUGGUGGCUGAAACUUGCACAAUUGGUGGCUGACUAAAUACUUUUUCCCCCCACUGUACAAAAUCAGCUGGGGAUCAAAUACUUUUUUCCCUCACUGUACAUACAUAUACACAUACAUACAUAUAAAUACAUAUACAUACAUAUAUACAUAUCCUUUAAAAAUAUAUAUUUCCCAUUAUCAUUUUGACCUAAGUGUAUGUAAACUUCCGACUUCAACUGUAUAUGGAGACUGUUUAGUGCCAAAAAUAAGGGGUUAAAUACAUGGGGGGGGACAUCCUGAUAUUUAUUAUCUCAGAUAUAGGACAGACACUUUAGAACAAACUUUCAUUUUAUUAUUUUUGGGACUCUGUUCCAUGCAGUGAAUCUGUAAUUCAACGCGUUUGAAUGGGCUAAUAGCAUUAAGGCCAAAUAUAUAUACUUCAAAAUUUAAAAUCAAAUAGCUAAGUCAUCCUUGGCAUGACCUUCUUAAAACAAUUCCAUAUAGCUUAGUAGAACCCCCUCCCCGGCUUCGACUGUAGAGGGUUAAUAUUCUACUGAAGCUUGGAAUGCAAUAGUUGGAACAUUUCUUUUGAACAUGUCCUUUGUGUACAACAUGAAGUUGGUUUGUUCAUCAGGGAAGCGGCAGCGGAGCACAGAGCAUCCUCUAGGUUGGCAGCGGAACAAAGAGCAUCCGCUAGGUGUAAAAUCUCUUCAGCCACGGCAAAACGGGUUUCCAGAACAUCCGUAACCUCAGCCACUCCGAAUAAAGUUUCCAUACGUAUUUCAGAUGUGUUCUCUCCUUUCCCCCGAACACAGAUGAUAUGUCCUCCAGUACCCCCAGCAGUACAUAUUUAUGUUGUGGUCCCGGACAAGCACACCUGAUUCUACUUGUCAACUAAUCUUCAAGCCCUUGACAAGUUGAAUCAUGUGUUUUUGUCCAGGGUUACAACAAAAUGUGUGCUGUUAGGGGUACUUGAGGACCCAGAGUUGGGAAACACUGGGCUAACUGAUGUGUGCAGUAUGUUUACCCUUGUGUUUCUCUCUGUCCUCCAGGAACCUGCUCCCCAUCAGUCACGUGUGUACAGAGGAAGGAGAGAAGCCCAUGGUACUGCUGCCCUAUAUGAACUGGGGUAACCUCAAACUGUUCCUGAGACAGUGCAAGCUGGCCGAGGCCAACAACCCACAGGUGAGCCCCUAACCCUGGCUCCGGCCUACUGCCGUCCUACCGUUCUAUGGUUAUCCUACCAUUAUCCAAACCCUGGCUCCGGCCUACUGCCGUCCUACCGUUCUACUAUGGUUAUCCUACCAUUAUCCAAACCCUGGCUCCGGCCUACUGUCAUCCUACCGUUCUACUAUGGUUAUCCUACCAUUAUCCAAACCCUGGCUCCGGCCUACUGCCGUCCUACCGUUCUAUGGUUAUCCUACCAUUAUCCAAACCCUGGCUCCGGCCUACUGCCGUCCUACCGUUCUACUAUGGUUAUCCUACCAUUAUCCAAACCCUGGCUCCGGCCUACUGUCAUCCUACCGUUCUACUAUGGUUAUCCUACCAUUAUCCAAACCCUGGCUCCGGCCUACUGUCAUCCUACCGUUCUACUAUGGUUAUCCUACCAUUAUCCAAACCCUGGCUCCGGCCUACUGCCGUCCUACCGUUCUAUGGUUAUCCUACCAUUAUCCAAACCCUGGCUCUGGCGUACUGUCGUCCUACCGUUCUAUGGUUAUCCUACCAUUAUCCAAACCCUGGCUCUGGCCUACUGUCGUCCUACCGUUCUAUGGUUAUCCUACCAUUAUCCAAACCCUGGCUCUGGCCUACUGUCGUCCUACCGUUCUAUGGUUAUCCUACCAUUAUCCAAACCCUGGCUCUGGCCUACUGUCGUCCUACCGUUCUAUGGUUAUCCUACUAUUAUCCAAACCCUGGCUCCGGCCUACUGUCAUCCUACCGUUCUACUAUGGUUAUCCUACCAUUAUCCAAACCCUGGCUCCGGCCUACUGCCGUCCUACCGUUCUAUGGUUAUCCUACCAUUAUCCAAACCCUGGCUCUGGCGUACUGUCGUCCUACCGUUCUAUGGUUAUCCUACCAUUAUCCAAACCCUGGCUCCGGCCUACUGUCAUCCUACCGUUCUAUGGUUAUCCUACCAUUAUCCAAACCCUGGCUGUGGCCUACUGUCGUCCUACCGUUCUAUGGUUAUCCUACCAUUAUCCAAACCCUGGCUCCGGCCUACUGUCAUCCUACGGUUAUCCUACCAUUAUCCAAACCCUGGCUCUGGCCUACUGUCGUCCUACCGUUCUAUGGUUAUCCUACUAUUAUCCAAACCCUGGCUCUGGCCUACUGUCGUCCUACGGUUAUCCUACCAUUAUCCAAACUCUGGCUCUGGCCUACUGCCAUCCUACCGUUCUAUGGUUAUCCUACCAUUAUUUUAAGAUCAGAUUAAGAUCACUUUAUUGGUCAACUGAAGGUCCAACUGAAAUGUGACUUCCGUUUUUAACUCAACCCCUCCGAAAUACACACAUACAUACAGGUUUUGGAGAGGUGCUGGGAUCACCCGGAAGCUUCUGUUGUGGGGAGUUAAGUACCUUGCUUAAGGGCACAACGGCAGGCAGUGGCAUCUAGAAUCUGAUACCAGCAACCCACCGCUUGCCAGCUUACUUCCAGACAGAUUUUUCCCCCGUCGGAACCGGGAUUCGAACUGUCAACCCUCUGGUUGCAGGCUAGCCUUUCUAACCGCUAGGCUACCUGCCACGCCUCAUCUUACCAUUGUCCUACCGUCGCCCUACCGUCGCCCUACCGUCAUACCACCGUCAUACUACCGUCCACAUAAAGUAUAUCUGCUCUGGCUUAGAUAUCAUAGUAGAACUGCAAUUUAGAAUUUUUGUCAUUGUCAUUCAUCAACAGAAUUGUGGGGGGCAUAACUUGAUACAGUUGAAUCAUGUUCAGGGCUCCAGACUGCGACCAUUUAGUCGCAUUUUGUGACCCUUUGAUUUGGCUGAGCGAAUAAAAAAUUUAACUGGUCACAUCGGUGCGAGCUGCACAUUCUACAUUAUCUUUUUUUUUAGGAGGCUAAAACCAUGAUUUGGUCCAACUGUAAAGUACAUUAUCCUCAUGAUUGCUGUAAUGAAAGUGUCUGUGAUUGUAGCCUACUACCGUUUCAUCUUCAAUGCCCUUGCUGAUGGAAGGAGGUUUUCAAUCAAAAUCUCACGAUACAUGGCCCCAUUCAUUCUUUCCUUUACACGGAUCAGUCUUCCUGGUCCCUUUGCAGAAAAACAGCCCCAAAGCAUGAUGUUUCCACCCCCAUGCUUUACAGUAGGUGUGGUGUUCUUUGGAUGCAACUCAGCAUUCUUUGUUCGGCUAUGAAAAGCCAACUGAGAGACCUGAGCCCUAGGACCAUACGUCGGGACCACCGGCCGUGGUGACUCCUUGCUGUCCCCAGUCCGCCUGGCCUUGCUGCUAUUCCAGUUUUAACUGUUCUGCCUGCGGUUAUGGAACCCCUACCUGUCCCAGACCUGCUGUUUUCAACUCUUAAUGAUCGGCUAUGAAAAGCCAACUGAGAUUUAUUCCUGAUUAUUAUUUGACCAUGCUUGUCACUUAUGAACAUUUUUGAACAUCUUGGCAUGGUUCUGUUAUAAUCUCCACCCGGCACAGCCAGAAGAGGACUGGCCACCCCUCAUAGCCUGGUUCCUCUCUAGGUUUCUUCCUAGGUUUUGGCCUUUCUAGGGAGUUUUUCCUAGCCACCGUGCUUCUACACCUGCAUUACUAGCUGUUUGGGGUUUUAGGCUGGGUUUCUGUACAGCACUUCGAGAUAUUAGCUAAUGUAUGAAGGGCUAUAUAAAAUAAAAUUGAUUGAUUGAUUGAUUUGUCCUCCAAACACGACGAGUUGAGUUUUUACCAAAAAGUUCUAUUUUGGUUUCAUCUGACCAUAUGACAUUCUCCCAAUCCUCUUCUGGAUCAUCCAAAUGCACUCUAGCAAACUUCAGACGGGCCUGGACAUGUACUGGCUUAAGCAGGGGGACACGUCUGGCACUGCAGGAUUUGAGUCCCUGGCGGCGUAGUGUGUUACUGAUGGUAGGCUUUGUUACUUUGGUCCCAGCUCUCUGCAGGUCAUUCACUAGGUCCACGCAAGAUAUCACCCCGUGGGGUCAAAAUGAUCACAAGAACGGUGAGCAAAAAUCCCAGAACCACACGGGGGGACCUAGUGAAUGACCUGCAGAGAGCUGGGACCAAAGUAACAAAGCCUACCAUCAGUAACACACUACGCCGCCAGGGACUCAAAUCCUGCAGUGCCAGACGUGUCCCCCUGCUUAAGCCAGUACAUGUCCAGGCCCGUCUGAAGUUUGCUAGAGUGCAUUUGGAUGAUCCAGAAGAGGAUUGGGAGAAUGUCAUAUCGUCAGAUGAAACCAAAAUAUAACUUUUUGGUAAAAACCCAACUCGUCGUGUUUGGAGGACAAAGAAUGCUGAGUUGCAUCCAAAGAACACCAUACCUACUGUGAAUUAUGGAGGUGGAAACAUCAUGCUUUGGGGCUGUUUUUCUGCAAAGGGACCAGGACGACUGAUCCGUGUAAAGGAAAGAAUGAAUGGGGCCAUGUAUCGUGAGAUUUUGAGUGAAAACCUCCUUCCAUCAGCAAGGGCAUUGAAGAUGAAACGUGGCUGGGUCUUUCAGCAUGACAAUGAUCCCAAACACACCGCCCGGGCAACGAAGGAGUGGCUUCGUAAGAAGCAUUUCAAGGUCCUGGAGUGGCCUAGCCAGUCUCCAGAUCUCAACCCCAUAGAAAAUCUUUGGAGGGAGUUGAAAGUCCGUGUUGCCCAGCGACAGCCCCAAAACAUCACUGCUCUAGAGGAGAUCUGCAUGGAGGAAUGGGCCAAAAUACCAAUAAACAGUAUGUGAAAACCUUGUGAAGACUUACAGAAAACGUUUGACCUGUGUCAUUGCCAACAUAGGGUAUAUAACAAAGUAUUGAGAAACUUUUGUUAUUGACCAAAUACUUAUUUUCCACCAUAAUUUGCAAAUAAAUUCAUAAAAAAUCCUACAAUGUGAUUUUCUGGAUUUUUUUUCCUCAAUUUGUCUGGCAUAGUUGACAUGUACCUAUGAUGAAAAUUACAGGCCUCUCUCAUCUUUUUAAGUGGGAGAACUUGCACAAUUGGUGGCUGACUAAAUACUUUUUUCCCCCACUGUAGUUAGCAACUUCCUUAAAACUGCACGCAGAGACAUUAAAAUGGUAUCCACGAGUUCUUCUGACUCUGGGGAAGUAGAAUUGCUAAGUACCCCUUUAAUCUGGAGCUUAAGGCAUAGACACUGUGUCCCAUUGUGCUUGGUACCCCCAGGGGUCCUUUGAUCCACUUGGCACGUAACGUAAAUCCAACCAAUCAAUCAGCCUUGAACCGAGACUCUCGAUUCUCACACGCACAUGCGCGCGCACACGCACGUUCCGAGAGGGAAAAGCCUUGUUGAAGGUGUAGCAGCAAAAACCUGCUGACUAAUUUUCCAUCACAAGACUAAGCUUGCUGCUCAAUAGCUGUGAAGAGAACUUCCUUUGUAUGUUUGGGAUAACACUCCACCACUUUGAAUCCCAUCCAUCCUCUCAAAAUAUACUUUUGCCCGAUUUGGUAGGGGACUGACAAAGACAUACUCAUAACAUUUCUUUCCUUGUGCUGUCGUAAAAUAAACAUGUAGACAUAAAUCAUCGGUGUAUCUUUAGAGGGAGACUGAGGCUACGUCCCAAAUGGCACCCUAUUCCCUAUAUAGUGCACUACUUUUGACCAGAGCGCUAUGGGGAAUUAGGUUGCCAUUUGGGAGACACCCUGAAGUGUCUGGAAAGCACGGAGAGAGCAUAGCAUUAUUCCGGUCUUUAGCAUAGCUUUAUUCCGGUCUUUAGCAUAGCAUUAUUCCGGUCUGAUGAGGGGGGAAAAAAACAAUUUAAUCAAUUUUCAAGUCUCAUAGCAAAGGGUCACAAUACGUAUGUAAGGCGCUUCAACAAAGUACUGAGUAAAGGGUCUGAAUACUUAUGUAAAUAAGGUAUUCUUUUUUUAAUUUUUAAACAUGUGCAAAAAUGUCCACCUGUUUUUGCUUUGUCAUUAUGUGGUAUUGUGUGUAGAUUGCUGAGGAUUUUUUUUUUACUUAAUCAUUUUUAGAAUAAGUCUGUAACGUAACAAAAUAUGGAAAAAGUCAAGGGGUCUGAAUACUUUCCGAAGGCACUGUAUAUAUGGUUCUGGGUUUAACCAAGCUAUAAUGUUGUACAUGUACAGUGAGGGAAAAAAAGUAUUUGAUCCCCUGCUGAUUUUGUACGUUUGCCCACUGACAAAGACAUGAUUAGUCUAUCAUUUUAAUGGUAGGUUUAUUUGAACAGUGAGAGACAGAAUAACAACAAAAAAAUCCAGAAAAACUAUGUUAUAAAAUGUUAUAAAUUGAUUUGCAUUUUAAUGAGGGAAAUAAGUAUUUGACCCCUCUGCAAAACAUGACUUAGUACUGGUGGCAAAACCCUUGUUGGCAAUCACAGAGGUCAGACGUUUCUUGUAGUUGGCCACCAGGUUUGCACACAUCUCAGGAGGGAUUUUGUCCCACUCCUCUUUGCAGAUCUUCUCCAAGUCAUGAAGGUUUCGAGCCUGACGUUUGGCAACUCGAACCAUCAGCUCCCUCCACAUAUUUUCUAUGGGAUUAAGGUCUGGAGACUGGCUAGGCCACUCCAGGACCUUAAUGUGCUUCUUCUUGAGCCACUCCUUUGUUGCCUUGGCCGUGUGUUUUGGGUCAUUGUCAUGCUGGAAUACCCAUCCACGACCCAUUUUCAAUGCCCUGGCUGAGGGAAGGAGGUUCUCACCCAAGAUUUUACGGUACAUGGCCCCGUCCAUAGUCCCUUUGAUGCGGUGAAGUUGUCCUGUACCCUUAGCAGAAAAUCACCCCCAAAGCAUAAUGUUUCCACCUCCAUGUUUGACGGUGGGGAUGGUGUUCUUGGGGUCAUAGGCAGCAUUCCUCCUCCUCCAAACACAGCGAGUUGAGUUGAUGCCAAAGAGCUCGAUUUUGGUCUCAUCUGACCACAACACUUUCACCCAGUUCUCCUCUGAAUCAUUCAGAUGUUCAUUGGCAAACUUCAGACGGCCCUGUAUAUGUGCUUUCUUGAGCAGGGGGACCUUGCGGGCGCUGCAGGAUUUCAGUCCUUCACGGCGUAGUGUGUUACCAAUUGUUUUCUUGGUGACUAUGGUCCCAACUGCCUUGAGAUCAUUGACGAGAUCAUUGACAAGAUCCUCCCGUGUAGUUCUGGGCUGGUUCUUCACCGUUCUCAUGGUCAUUGCAACUCCACGAGGUGAGAUGUUGCAUGGAGCCCCAGGCCGAGGGAGAUUGACAGUUCUUUUGUGUUUCUUCCAUUUGCGAAUAAUCGCACCAACUGUUUUCACCUUCUCACCAAGCUGCUUGGCGAUGGUCUUGUAGCCCAUUCCAGCCUUGUGUAGGUCUACAAUCUUGUCCCUGACAUCCUCGGAGAGCUCUUUGGUCUUGGCCAUGGUGGAGAGUUUGGAAUCUGAUUGAUUGCUUCUGUGGACAGGUGUCUUUUAUACAGGUAACAAGCUGAGAUUAGGAGCACUCCCUUUAAGAGUGUGCUCCUAAUCUCAGCUCGUUACCUGUAUAAAAGACACCUGGGAGCCAGAACUCUUUCUGAAAAUUAUAGACUGAUCAUUUCUUUGUCAGUGGGCAAACGUACAAAAUCAGCAGGGGAUCAAAUACUGUUUUCCCUCACUGUAUGUAUGUCUCUGGGUUUAAUCACGCUAUAAUGUUGCCUGGCGCUGAUGUCUUCUUUAACACAAAGGGUCCAAUUAAUACGAGUUGAGUCACGCUGACAGAUCAGGUCACAGAACAUUAAACAGCUGGAAAUCUCUUCCCUGUGCGUAUGCUUGCAUGUGUGUGCAUGCGUGUGCCUAUGACAGCUGUAAAUCUCUGCUGUGUCCAUCAGAGCCAGCCCCGGCACACAAUGCACCUCACCCCAGCAGUGUGUCUGACUCAGGCUGAGGUUGCAUCCCAAAUGGCACCCUUUUCCCUAUGUAGUGCACUACUUUUGACCAGUGCCCAUGGGGAAUGGGGUGCCAUUUGGGAUGCAGGGCAGGAUUACGUCAAAGCCGUGAUGUGGUGCAUCAGGAGCCCUCUUUCUUUCUUCUGGGGAAUUAGCUCUCACAGCAUGUCAUCCAUCCUCUUCAGCUCUCACAGCAUGUCAUCCGUCCUCUUCAGCUCACACAGCAUGUCAUCCGUCCUCUUCAGCUCACACAGCAUGUCAUCCGUCCUCUUCAGCUCACACAGCAUGUCAUCCGUCCUCUUCAGCUCACACAGCAUGUCAUCCGUCCUCUUCAGCUCACACAGCAUGUCAUCCGUCCUCUUCAGCUCACACAGCAUGUAAUCCGUCCUCUUCAGCUCACACAGCAUGUCAUCCGUCCUCUUCAGCUCACACAGCAUGUCAUCCGUCCUCUUCAGCUCACACAGCAUGUCAUCCGUCCUCUUCAGCUCACACAGCAUGUCAUCCGUCGGCUAGUUGUCUGUCACCUUUCCAGGUGAAACACAAUAUGUUUAUGUAAAUAGACACCGCUAGGCUAAGCUACAUUAAUUAGCAUCAUGACAUGCUGUUUAUGUGUACUCUGCUAGGCUAAGCCAUCCGAGCUAAUUGGACAGAUAACACGAUGGUAGUGAAGCAGGCUUAUGGUUCCUCCUGUCUCACUAGAUGAUCUUCUACUUUGGAUGUGUCCCACCUAGUAUCUACAUAGUGCACUGCUUUUUACCAGAGCCCUGUGGGCCUUUUGGUUUCUGUAUUAGUCAGGGGUCCUUCAGGCCUGUCUCUUGGGGCCCUCUUAAAAACAAAACAAAUAGCUUUUAUCCUAAACAGGCUAUAUGGCCCUCUGUCCUGUCUGUAAAACUUUAAUAGCUACAAGACUAGUUUCAUUCUUGUUAUACAGUAUUUUUCUUGUGGAAUCUGAAAAGUGCUUUAAAAAGCCUCCCAUAAUAAGUCCUACUACAGUGAUCUGAAAAGUGAUUGAAGCCAUUGUUAUUUUUUCUCAGAGUGGUGAAAUUGUAAACCUCACCAACCAGACUACUUCUCUGAAUAUCCACUUUCCACCACGCGCUCUCUCUCUCUCUCUCUCUCUCUCUCUCUCUCUCUCUCCUCUCUCUCUCUCUCUCCUCUCUCUCUCUCUCUCUCUCUUCUCUCUCUCUCUCUCUCUCUCUCUCCUCUCCUCUCUCUCUCUCUCUCUCUCUCUCUCUCUCUCUCUCUCCUCUCUCCUGUCUCUGCCUCUGUCUCCUCUGUCUCUCUCUCUCUCUCUCGUCUCCUCUCUCUGUCUCUCUCUCCUCUCUCUGUCUCGCUCCUCUUCCUUCUCUCUCUGUCUCUCCCCUCUCUGUCUUCUCUCUCCCUCUGUCUCUGUAGGCCAUCUCCCAGCAGGACUUGGUCCACAUGGCGAUCCAGAUCUCAUGUGGGAUGAGCUACCUGGCCAGGAGAGAGGUCAUCCACAAAGAUCUGGCCGCCAGGAACUGUGUGUGAGUAUCUCAUGACCCUGUCGGAACGCUCUAUGCAGGAGUUGUGACAGAGCGAAGAUAUGGGAUAUGCAUCCGUUUUGUUGUUUUUAUUUUUUGUCCUAUCGUGAUGCAACGGUGCCGACCCUAUAUUCUAGACACCCACCUGAGCGACCCACCCACUAAGGAGGAGGCUAUUACUGCAGGUAGCCUAAACAGCCAUGACAGAAAGACGAACGCAGACAGAGACCCACUAAAGCAGCACUGCCUCAAGAGCCUGAGUAUAUGUACAACAUAUGAUAAUAAUAAUAAUAUGCCAUUUAGCAUAUGAGUGUAUACAACUAUUUAAUCCAUUUUAGAAUAAGGCUGUUACGUAACAAGGUGGAAUAAGUCAAGGGGUCUGAAUACUUUCACUACCUCAUACCCCUGCACAUUGACUCAGUACCGGUACUUCCUGUAUACAGCCUCAUUAUUGUAUUGUUUUACGAUUUCCUUUUUUAUUUAGCAAAUAUUUGUCUUUUUAACUCUGCGUUGUUGGGAAAGGGCUCGUAAGUAAGCUUUGCACGGUGAAGUCUACACCUGUUGUAUUCGGCGCAUGUGACCAAUACAAUUUAUUUCAUUUGAUAACAUACCAUUUAGAAAACCUACAGAAAGUGUUUGUCAACUACUGUGUUGGGUGAUACCUUCGGUUCACACUUUCUGUUAAAGGUCCCUAUAUAAGGACUUGAUAUCACAUUUGUAACCAAUACACAACGCAUUCAUAAGCAUUUCAUAAACACUUAAUAGCAACAACUGUAAGAGCAUGUAAAUGUAUGUUGAAUCAGUUAACCAUGUCCUCUACCCCCCCUCCUCUCCUCUGUUGCCAUGUCCUCUACCCCCCCUCCUCUCCUCUGUUGCCAUGUCCUCUACCCCCCCCUCCUCUCCUCUGUUGCCAUGUCCUCUACCCCCCCCUCCUCUCCUCUGUUGCCAUGUCCUCUACCCCCCCCUCCUCUCCGCUGUUGGCCAUGUCCUCUACCCCCCCCCCUCCUCUCCUCUGUUGCCAUGUCCUCUACCCCCCCUCCUUCUCGGUUGCCAUGUCCGCUAUCCCCCCCUCCUAUUCCCUGUUGCAUGUCCUCUAGCCCCCCCCCUCCCUCUUCCUCUACCCCCCCCUCCUCUCCUCUGUUUGCCAUGUCCUCUACACCUCCCUCUAACCACCCCCCCUCCUCUCCUCUUUUGCCAUGUCCUCUAAUCCCCCCCCCUCUCCGCUGUUGCCAUGUCUCAUAACCCCCCUCCUCUCCUCUGUUGCUAUGGUCCUCUACCCCUACCCCCCUCCUCUCCUCUGUUGCCAUGUCCUCUACCCUCCUCUCUCUGUUGCCAUGUCCUCUAUCACCACCCCCCUCCUCUCCUCUGUUUUUUUGCCAUUCCUCUAACCCCCUCCUCUCCUCUGGUGCCAUGUCCUCUAACCCCCCCCUCCUCACUCUACCAACCCCCCUCCUCUCCUCUGUUGCCAUUCCGCUACCCCCCUCCUCUCCUCUGUUGCCAUGUCCUCUACCUACCCUACCCCCCCUCCUCCGCUCUACCCCCCUCCUCUCCUCCUACCCUACUACCCCCCCCCUCUCCUCUGUUGCCAUGUCCUCUACCCCCCUCCUCUCCUCUGUUGCCAUGUCCUCUACCCCCCCCUCCUCUCCUCUGUUGCCUGUCCUCUACCCCCCCUCCUCUCCUCUAUAACCCCCCCUCCUCCUCCUCUUUGCCAUGUCCUCUACUACUCCCCCUCCUCUCUCUAGUUGCCAUGUCCUCUACCCCCCUCCUCUCUUCUAUUGCCAUGUCCUCUACCCACCCCUCCUCUCCCUGGUUGCCAUGUCUCUUAACCCCCCCUCCUCUCCUCUGUUGCAUGUCCUCUACCCCCCCUCCUCCCUCCUCUGUUGCCAGGUCCUCUACCCCCCUAUACCCGUACCCCCCCCUCCCUCCUCUGUUGCCAUGUCCUCUACCCCCCUCCUCUCCUCUACCCCCUCCUCUCCUCUGUGCCAUGUCCUCUCCCCCCUCCUCUCCUCUGUUGCCAUGUCCUCACUCCUCCCCCUCCUCUCCUCUGUUGCCACUGUCCUCUACCCCCCCCCCCCUCUCCUCUAACGCCCCACACCUCUACCCCCCCCCCCUCCUCUCCUCUGUUUGCCAUGUCCUCUACUACCCCCCCCCCCUCUCCUCUGUUGCCAUGUCCUCUACCCCCCUCCUCUCCUCUACCCCCUACCACACCCCCCCCUCCUCUCCUCUGUUUGCCACUGUCCUCUACCCCCCUCUCCUUGUUGCCCAUGACCUCUAUAACCCCCCCUCCAUCUCCUCUAACCACCCCACCCCCCCUCGCCUCUUUGCCAUGUCCCCUCUACCCCCCCCUCCUCUCCUCUCCUACCAUAAAACCCAUAACCCCCCCUCCUCUCCUCUGUUGCAUGUGUCCUCUACUUUCCCCCCCCUCUCCCUCUGUUUUGCCAUGUCCUCUAUCCUCUACCCCCCUCCUCUCCUCUAUUGCCAUGUCCUCUACCCCCCCUCCUCUCCUUGGUUUCCAUGUCCUCUUACCCCCCCUCCUCUUCCUCUGUUUCCAUGUCCUCUACCCCCUACCACCCCUCCUCGCCUAUGUUUGCCAUGUCCUCUACCCCCCUCCUCUCCUCUACCCCCCCUCCUCCUCUCCUCUGUUGUCCAUGUCCUCUUACCCCCCCCCUUUCCUCUCCUCUGUUGCCAUGUCCUCUACCCCCCUCCUCUCCUCUGUUGCCAUGUCCUCUACCCCCCCUCCUCUCCUCUGUUGCCAUGUCCUCUACCCCCCUCCUCUCCUCUGUUGCCAUGUCCUCUACCCACCCUCCUCUCCUCUGUUGCCAUGUCCUCUACCCCCCCUCCUCUCCUCUGUUUGCCAUGCCCUCUACCCCCCCCCUCCUCUCCUCUGUUGUGCCAUGUCCUCUACCCCCCUCCCUCCUUCGUUGCAAUGUCCUCUACCCCCCCUCCUUCCUCGGUUGCCAUGUUCCUCUACCCCCCCCUCCUCUCCUCUGUUGCCAUGUCCUCUCCCCCCCUCCUCUCCUCUGUUGCCAAUUGUCCUCUACCCCCCCUCUCUUUCCUCUCCCCCCCUCCUCUCCUCUGUUGCCAUUUCCUCUACCCCCCCUCCUCUCCUCUACCCCCUCCUCUCCUCUGUGCCAUGUCCUCUACCCCCUCCUCUCCUCUGGCCAUGUCCUCUACCCCCCCCUCCUCUCCUCUGUUGCCUAUGUCCUCUAACCCCCCUCCUCUCCUCAUGUUGCCAUGUCCUCUACCCCCCCCCCCCUCUCCUCUGUUGCCAUUGUCCUCUACCCCCCCUCCUCUCCUCUACCCCCCUCCUCUCCUCUGUUGCAUGUCCUCUACCCCCACCUCCUCUCCUCUACCCCCCCCUAUCCUCUGUUGCCAUGUCCUCUUACCCCCCCUUCCUCUCCUAUAUGCCAUGUCCUCUACCCCCCCUCUCUCCUCUGUUGCCAUGUCCUCUACCCCCCCCCUCCUCUCCUCUGUUGCCCCGUCCUCUACCUCUCUUCCGCUGACAGUAUUGAUGACAGCAUGCAGGUGAAGAUCUGUGACAACGCCCUGUCCAGAGACCUGUUCCCCACGGACUACCACUGUCUGGGAGACAAUGAGAACAGACCGGUCCGCUGGAUGGCCCUGGAGAGCCUGCUCAACAAUGACUUCUCUACUGCUAGUGAUGUGGUGAGGACACACACAGGAAGCCAGCUAAGGCCAUGGAGCUCUCCUCUCCACCACCAGCCAGACAGCCAUGCCCUGAUGUCCCUCCCUCGUACCUGACCUCUUCAUUCCUGAUGGAGCUCUGCUGCUCCGAGUGCUCACCCCUCCCUCUUUAUAUCCUCCGCACCCUGUCUUGACUUCCUCUAAACCUCUCUGGGUCAUAGGUUACUACACACAUGUUAAUGAACCAGUGUUACAGCCGCACACAUCCGCACACAGCGCCACACACACACACAGCGCCACACACACACAGCGCCACACACACACAGCGCCACACACACACAGCGCCACACGCACACACAGCGCCACACGCACACACAGCGCCACACGCACACACAGCGCCACACGCACACACAGCGCUACGCACACACAGCGCCACACACACACAGCGCCACACACACACAGCGCCACACACACACAGCGCCACACACACACAGCGCCACACACACACACAGCGCCACACACACACAGCGCCACACACACACAGCGCCACACACACACAGCGCCACACACACACAGCGCCACACACACACAGCGCCACACACACACAGCGCCACACACACACAGCGCCACACACACACAGCGCCACACACACACACAGCGCCACACACACACACACACACAGCCACACACACACACACACACACAGCCACACACACACAGCCACACACACACAGCCACACACACACAGCCACACACACACAGCCACACACACACACACACACACACAGCCACACACACACAGCCACACACACACACACACACACACACACACAGCCACACACACACACACACACACACACACACAGCCACACACACACACACACACAGCGCCACACACACAAACACAGCGCCACACACACACACAGCCACACACACACACACACAGCCACACACACACAGCGCCACACACACACACAGCCACACACACACACACACACACACACACACACACAGCCACACACACACACACCACACACACACACACACACACACACACACAGCGCCACACACACAAACACAGCGCCACACACACAAACACAGAGGUAUUGUUAAUUAACCAUAGUCACCCAGUCAGGGCAUGAUGACUCCAGGGAUCCUAGUAGUCAUUCAGACUUUCUCCUAAAGCUUUCAUUGAUGUCAAUGGAAGACUUGAGCGAUUUUCUGAGUGUGCAUCUCAAGUCUGAAUACCUGCUGGUUCGUGUUCAACUACCGUUGUGGAUCUCAAGUCUGAAUACCUUCUGGUUCAUGUUCAGCUACCAUUGUGGAUCUCAAGUCUGCAUACCUUCUGGUUCAUGUUCAACUACCGUUGUGGAUCUCAAGUCUGAAUACCUUCUGGUUCGUGUUCAGCUACCAUUGUGGAUCUCAAGUCUGAAUACCUUCUGGUUCAUGUCAGCUACCAUUGGUGGAUCUCAAGUCUGAAUACCUUCUGGUUCAUGUUCAGCUACGUUGUGGAUCUCAAGUCUGAAUACCUUCUGGUUUCAUGUUCAGCUUACCGUUGUGGAUCUCAAGUCUGAAUUACCUUCUGGUUCAUGUUCAGCUACCGUUGUGGAUCUCAAGUCUGAAUACCUUCUGGUUCGUGUUCAGCUACCGUUGUGGAUCUCAAGUCUGAAUACCUUCUGGUUCAUGUUCAGCUACAGUUGUGGAUCUCAAGUCUGAAUACCUUCUGGUUCAUGUUCAGCUACCGUUGUGGAUCUCAAGUCUGAAUACCUUCUGGUUCGUGUUCAACUACCAUUGUGGAUCUCAAGUCUGAAUACCUUCUGGUUCAUGUUCAGCUACCGUUGUGGAUCUCAAGUCUGAAUACCUUCUGGUUCAUGUUCAGCUACCGUGUGUUAUAUUGUCUUUGUAGAACACUGGCCAAUUUUCUGAAGAUGACUGAUGAAUGAAGUGGUGACUUGGUUUCAAAACCUUAAUACUUUUUAUAUUAUUGAUGUUUAUAGUUAUACUCUACUGGAAUAAUCUUAUCGUGUUCUGUUCUUUGGAAAUAGGAAAUUGGUUAAAAGCUAAAGUCGGAUGGAUUCAGUAUGUUGGGAGUUGCAGCCACUACCUACAAUGGUUCUGAUAACUGGCUGUUCUCAAGCACUGCAUGGUUCAGAGAGACGGGGUUCGCUUUCAAGCCCUUAUCAAAACAUUUAGGAACAAUGUUUUCUAUGUUGGGUGUACAUUUUCAGCUAAAUUUCCUUGCAUUGUGUCAGUGGAAUGCUUUGUUCAGCCAUUGGCGCUGUUCAGCCUGUACAGAACAUAACUUUCCCUGACACUAAUCUCACACUGAGAGACCUUAUCCCUAAUUUUAACACAUUUCUGCAACAGAAUAUAGAACAUUGUUGAAAAGUUUCCCUGAUUUUAAAUCCAUGCAUGUGAAGUAUCUCUGUCCUAUGUUGUAUUGUUUAUCCUGCAUGUAGCUAAUGUUCCGCAGAGACAACCAGAAGGUCCAAGAGAGAUUUGUACACACACUUUCCUUUGUUCGUCCUAGAUAUUAUUUAGUGUAUGUCUGUCACCCUGUCUUGUUGGUCAUAUCAAUGGAUGUCUGUCCCAUAUAAAUAGAAUUAAUUGAAUCUUUAUUCCUUUGGUCCGUUCUGCCUUGUGAUCUGACCUCUAACACCUGACCGCUAACCUGUGUCCCUGUUCCUUAGUGGGUUUUUGGUGUGACCCUGUGGGAGCUGAUGACCUUGUAGUCUAACCCCUGACAGCUAACCUGUGUCCCUGUUCCUCAGUGGGUUUUUGGUGUGACCCUGUGGGAGCUGAUGACCUUCUAGUCUAACCCCUGACCUGUGUCCCUGUUCCUUAGUGGGCGUUUGGUGUGACCCUGUGGGAGUUGAUGACCUUGGGACAGACCCCUUACGUGGACAUCGACCCCUUCGAGAUGGCAGCCUAUCUGAAGGACGGAUACAGAAUAGCACAGCCAAUCAACUGUCCCGAUGAACUGUAAGUACAAUAGCACAGCCAAUCAACUGUCCCGAUGAACUGAAACACAGACAUAAAGGGCUUUUAGACCGUUUUUAUGUGUUUUAAUUGAUUAAGUUUGAUCAACACUUAUUGUAAUUGACAAUUCUAUAGUUUUAUUGGUCUUAAGUAUUUCCUGUAUACUGUAUCUCAUGAGAAUUGUCUCGCAGUUUGAAUCUCCAGCUGUUCGUUAACUGUAGUGUAUCCCUUCAGAAUAAUGAUAUGGCUUCUUAUGGGAUGUUCUCCUCUCUCUUAUCAACAUAAGCACAUGUACUGUCCUGCAUGGAAAGUUGACUAUAGGACUGUCCUGCAUGGACAGUUGACUGUAGGACCCUCCAGAGGGGAGACAGUUGAAUGUAGGACUCUCCAGAGGGGAGACAGUUGAAUAUAGGACUCUCCAGAGGGGAGACAGUUGAAUAUAGGACCCUCUAGAGGGGAGACAGUUGACUAUAGGACCCUCCAGAGGGGAGACAGUUGACUGUAGGACCCUCCAGAGGGGAGACAGUUGAAUAUAGGACCCUCCAGAGGGGAGACAGUUGACUAUAGGACCCUCCAGAGGGGAGACAGUUGAAUGUAGGACUCUCCAGAGGGGAGACAGUUGAAUAUAGGACCCUCCAGAGGGGAGACAGUUGAAUAUAGGACCCUCCAGAGGGGAGACAGUUGAAUAUAGGACCCUCCAGAGGGGAGACAGUUGACUAUAGGACCCUCCAGAGGGGAGUCAGUUGAAUGUAGGACCCUCCAGAGGGGAGACAGUUGACUAUAGGACCCUCCAGAGGGGAGACAGUUGACUAUAGGACCCUCCAGAGGGGAGACAGUUGACUGUAGGACCCUCCAGAGGGGAGAGAGUUGAAUAUAGGACCCUCCAGAGGGGAGACAGUUGACUGUAGGACCCUCCAGAGGGGAGACAGUUGAAUAUAGGACCCUCCAGAGGGGAGACAGUUGACUAUAGGACCCUCCAGAGGGGAGUCAGUUGAAUGUAGGACUCUCCAGAGGGGAGACAGUUGAAUAUAGGACCCUCCAGAGGGGAGAAAGCCAAAUGGGUGAGAGUUCAGCUUCAGCCGGAUGCCUUACAUACUAGGGUUGGGCGGUAGCCAGAUGUUCAUAUCGUCAUACUGUCCUACUCUCAUCCUGGGAUUUACGGUAUUACCGGCUCAGUACACAAGGGGGCGCCAAAGAAACACAAAAAGUCCAUUUGGCGUCUAUUAGCAGAAUGCUAACAGAAUUAGCACAAGUAAUAGAGCAUUUCCAUGGAGGCUGCUAGCUAAAUAUGCUAACGAGUGCAAAAACAUGCAAUCCAGCUCAUAAAGUUAUACAUAUAUAGGUAGGAGCUACCGAAUGUCAUUUUUGGUGAGUUUGGACAUUUAUAAGCAAAUGAACAAAGUUAUGAGGCAUGCUUAUGAGGCAUGCAUGCUUAUGAGGCAUGCUUAUGAGGCAUGCUUGUCUGAAGGAAGACCAGUACUGCCUCUGGGGCAGCAUGUGUACACUCUGUGUCUGGGUGGAGUCUGGAGUCGCUAGGGCAACGGGCCUGCCUGUUCUGCUCGAAGAGGGGGGAGGAGCAGACGGCCCGAGAACUGAGCGGAGAACGAAACGCUAGGAAAUCAAGAGCCUACAGAUAACUUAUACAAAGGGCUUUGACUUCUCGAACAAAGCAGAAAGCUAACACAAUAUGAUGCCCGUCACCUUAUUUAAUUCAGCCACUGAGAUAACUAGCAACUUUAGCUUAGGGGUCGCGUUAACGCAGAAUUUGAAGAAUUUGAAAUAUCUUGUUUUGUAACUGCAGCUCUAAAAUGCUUCUUAUUGUAAUUUUUGCUCGGUGUCAAACAAAUUCUGUGCUUCAGUUUCUCUUCUCCACUAAAGGCCUUCUAUCAGCAGACUGCUUUCUGACUGUGGAGAUACUUUGCUACAGUAUUUUUCUCCGGUAAAAUGCAAGCUCAUCUUUAAACAAAACAUUAGGAAAUGUAGCUGGCUACGUUCUUUCUAUGAUAAACAUUAUGAAAUAUGAUGGGCAUGCAUUUGUUUUUGCUGCGUUGCACUUCUGUUGUCAUCUGAUGAAAAUGAAGCUAUUUUCUGCCGAAUGUGUUGCACGAAUGUAUUUUUUGUGUGAAGGAAAACUCUAGUUGCACAUCCCUGAUCACUCAAAUGAAGAAAAUAACACUUGUCUUUCAAUAUAAAAACGCGACCCCUGUCAAUACACAGCUGGACUCACCGGUUCCCGCUUUCUCCGGUUGUGCUAUUUACAAACAAACACGUGACUGGCUCAACUGUUCUGGGGAACUACGGUAAACUUCACAAUGUAAGAAUAACGUGACGGGUGAACUGAAGAACGCAACCUGCUUUAUCUCCUAAAGUACUGCACAAGUUGACUGCGGGUAUUUACUUUAAAAAAUAGCUAAAAAAUAUUACAAAUGUAUAAAAACAACUUCUAAGAAAUAGUUUCGAUGGUAUUGGAAAAACCAUCUUGUGGCUAUUUCCAAAUACCCCGUUAUACAGUAUAUACGGUAAACAAGCCUAGUGCACACACAGACAGGCACGUGUGUACACACACACACACACACACACACAGCCCAUGUUCGGGAGUCUCUGUUUGCAUGUGUUAUUGUAGAGCUGUAUAAGUCCAGCAGCUACGUGGCGGGGGCAGCUGUCUCUCAGCGUCAUUCAUUACAGACGGAGUCUUAUCCACGUCCUGCGUCUGUCGGGGGGGCUGCAGGGUGGCGGAGUCUUAUCCACGUCCUGCGUCUGUCGGGGGGGCUGCAGGGAGGCGUUGGACUGCUGUGGACGAGCUGGCCAGGAAUCACAAAGGGACAAAAACUGGCUUCUGUGGCUGAAUCCCAAAUGGCACCCCUACUCCCUAUAUUAGUGCACUUUUGACCAAGGUCCCUCGCCUCUGACCUUUUUUCCUCCCCAGUGCGUUUUUAGAAGCAGAUGAGAACGCAAGGAAUUGAGGAAAGACAAAUUGUGAAAGAACCUAUGUCCGCUUCAAAGCUAGAUGUUCAAAAGUAGCGCACUAUACAGGGAAUAGGGUGCCGUUUGGGACUUCGGUGUUACUGUCAUCACUUCAACACUCCGUGAUGUACGGUUGGAUGAGCGGACGCCAACAGCGUUGGACAGGCAGGGAAGUUGAGGAAAAGCUAAUCGGACUGUUGUUUGGGGAGCUGCGGCACACGUUUCCUUCAGAAAGAGUAGGCGUUGAGUUGGAUUGUUCCACCAGAUAGAAGAAUUCAGGAGACCUUGAGGGAUGCAGGACUGAUGGUGUGAUGUUGAUUUCUCUGAUGACCCAAGUACUGAAUAGCCUUGACACUGGGAAUGUGAAAUUUUUUUUUAGUACAUGCAGUGCUUUUUAGACCCCAUUUGGCAGUCCUUAUGGGGUUUUGAGUCAACGUACACUGUGCUAGCCUAAAUGGCUUGUGCGAGGUGCAUGUUCACUUGCUGACCCAGCUAAUUCUCUCUCUCUGUCUGUUUGUCUGUCUGUCUAGGUUUGCAGUGAUGGCGUGUUGCUGGGCCCUGGAUCCAGAGGAGAGGCCGAAGUUCCAGCAGCUCGUGCAGUGUCUGACUGAGUUUCAUGCGGCGUUGGGGGCAUACGUC